CAGACGCGUUUCAACAGCGAACCGGUACGGAUUUACCAUCCCCGAUACGCAAGUCGCCGAGCCCGCUAACGGAACCUGUGUAUUUGCGCGCGCGUGUAUACGCAAAACUCCCGAAAUAAGGAGCAAACGGGCAGAGUUGGACGAACCACUACAAAACCGAAUCAGAUAUACAGUAAAAGUGUGUACGAGCGAAAAACCGAGAGACGUAAAAAAUAAGAAACAAAAAAAAUACAGAAGCAACCCACAGCAGCAGUGCAUGGAGUUGAAAAUGGAUAGGAAGAUCAGAAACCAUCAGUGACCGAUUCCGGGCAGAUCGAGAACAACGCGAAACUGUUACUUUUUGUCGCCGCUUUGUUCCCCUAGAACAGUGGAAAAUAUAUUUAGGUGUGAAAACAAAGUUUUUUUUUGUGAUAAACUUUCCAAAUCUGAAGUGUUUCUCUCAUUGGAAAUUAUUCAUUCUGGUGGAAAACGUGCGGGCCCGGAAAAGUGUUUGUGUUACUUUCUCGUCGGCGAAUGAGUCAAACACAUUGUGACACAUCAAAAUGUACCACGGUUUUUAAGUGCCCAAAAUUUCAAAGUGUUCAGCAAAAGAUAAGAUUUUUAAACGUACCCACGCAAAAGUGAUGUCGCUAAGGUGUGCCCAAACAUAGCAGCAGCGACGAGAAAAACAUACUACAAACACAAACGCAUACCGCAACGGCAGCAAGGAAAACAUUAUUUCACUUUCGCCGCGCAGAAAAAAAACCUACAGCUCCUUUCCGUACCUAACCGUUUACAUACCGGAACACUUCGAAGCAGAACCGGUGCAACUAUAUUGCUUGUACACAGUCAGCAGCGUUGCAACGCCGAAGUGGAAUAGCGUUUUCCCUUUCAGUGCUCCAACCGUCAGCAGUCUUCGUGGACAACGUGUGUCCGUCCGUCUCUCGUUGCCCGCCCGCCCAUCCCGUUCUCAACUGCAUCGAACCCGUGAGAGACAGCUGAUGAUGGUUCUUUGUUGUUUUGGAUUGAUGCUUUGAACAACAAAGCUUUAAUAAAAUGGGCCAGGAGAAAUCUUUGCCCUCCAGAUGUACCUCCGCACAUGACUACCAUCAUCACCACCAUCAUCAUCACCAUCACCAUCACCACACGAGCUCGUCCACCUCCUCCACGACCUCGUCCGCUGUGCCGUCCCGCUCACCGUCCACCGCUUCGACGACAUCGUCCGCUUCGUCCGCAUCGGCCGCUUCCUCGUACAAAAGCGUCGAGCGGCAGACCAAGUACCUCAACGAGCAUCUGUACAUCAAGUCCUAUCUGGACAUUGAGGAGGAGGACCGCAACGCAAAGCUGCUGUUCCAGAAGGUGCGCCCCGGUGGCAUACGCAACUACACGCCCAAGAUACUGUCCGAAAACCCGAAGCAGGAUUUGGAUGUUUGGAUCUAGCGACGGUUGCAGCUA